CUCACACUAACUUGUUUUAAAAGCAAAAACUCUCCCUCCUGUUGGAAGCCUGCUGCGCUAAAGAAAACAUGAUCAGUUUCUUCUCUAAUUCCUCAACCUCUAUUUUGUCCCCUCUUUACUCCCUCUAGGUUGAUAGUCUCCAGCUGGAAUGGAUUGGGAGCUGGAAAAGAAAAGUCAGGGACAAGAAGAGGCUAACAUGACUGGUACCGUUAUAAUUUAGUGAACCGCCCCUUUUCUAAAGAGGAGCCCAAAGGAAGACUGGUCAUCUCUUGCAGAUCUCAAAACCAUGGCUCAGGGAUCAGUGUCAUUCAAAGAUGUGACUGUGGACUUUAGUCAGGAGGAGUGGCAGCACCUGGAUCCUGCUCAGAAGAUGCUAUACAUGGAUGUGAUGUUGGAAAACUAUUGCCACCUCGUUUCUGUGGGGUGUCACAUGACCAAGCCUGACGUGAUCCUCAAGUUGGAACGAGGAGAAGAGCCAUGGACAUCAUUUACAGGUCAUACCUGUUUAGAAAAGUGGAAAGCUGAAGACUUUUUAGUGAAAUUCAAGGAACAACAAGAUAAAUUUUCUAGAUCAGUUGUAUUAAUCAACCACAAAAAACUGAUUAAGGAGAACAGUAGUGCAUAUGAAAAGACAUUUACUUUAAGCAAAAACCCUAUUAAUUCAAAAAACCUACCUCCUGAAUAUGACACUCAUGGAAAGAUUUUUAAAAAUGUUUCAGAAUUAAUCAUCAGUAAUCUAAGUCCUACAAGAAAGAGACUUAGUGAGCAUAAUGGAUAUGGGAAAUCACUCCUCAAUACUAAGCCAGAGACAGCUCACUCUGGAGGCAAAUCCCAUAAUCAGUGUGGUAGGGCUGUCAGUCAUAAUGAAAUGAUUAUGCAAUAUCAUGAGAUAGAAACUUCAGCACAGUCAUUUGGAUAUAAUGACUGUGAGAAAUCCUUCCUUAAAAAAGGAGGCCUAAUUACACAUAAUAGAGCUUACAGAAGGGAAAAACCAUCUGAAUAUAAUAAAAGGAGAAGAACAACCAAUAUUGAAAAAAAGCAUAUAUGCACUGAAUGUGGGAAGUCCUUCUGCAGGAAAUCAGUAUUGAUUCUGCAUCAGGGAAUUCACACAGAGGAAAAACCCUACCAAUGUCAUCAAUGUGGAAAUUCAUUUAGAAGGAAAUCAUAUCUCAUUGAUCAUCAGAGAACUCACACUGGAGAGAAACCCUUUGUUUGUAAUGAAUGUGGUAAGUCCUUCCGCCUAAAGACAGCCCUCACUGAUCAUCAGAGAACACAUACAGGGGAGAAAUCAUAUGAAUGUCCACAAUGUAGGAAUGCCUUCAGAUUGAAGUCACACCUCAUUCGUCAUCAAAGAACUCACACAGGAGAGAAACCAUAUGAAUGUAAUGACUGUGGGAAGUCUUUCCGCCAGAAGACAACACUCUCCCUACAUCAGAGAAUUCAUACAGGAGAGAAACCCUAUAUUUGUAAAGAAUGUGGGAAGUCCUUUCACCAGAAGGCAAAUCUUACUGUACAUCAGAGAACUCAUACAGGGGAAAAGCCCUAUAUUUGUAAUGAAUGUGGGAAAUCCUUCUCUCAGAAGACAACCCUCGCUCUUCAUGAGAAAACUCAUAAUGAAGAGAAACCUUAUAUUUGUAAUGAGUGUGGAAAAUCCUUCCGCCAGAAAACAACCCUUGUGGCACAUCAGAGAACACAUACAGGGGAAAAAUCCUAUGAAUGUCCUCACUGUGGGAAGGCUUUUAGAAUGAAGUCAUACCUCAUUGAUCAUCACAGAACUCACACAGGAGAGAAACCAUAUGAAUGUAAUGAAUGUGGGAAAUCCUUCAGUCAGAAGACAAAUCUCAAUCUACAUCAGAGAAUUCAUACAGGAGAGAAACCCUAUAUUUGUAAUGAGUGUGGGAAGUCUUUUCGCCAGAAAGCAACCCUCACUGUACAUCAGAAAAUACAUACAGGGCAGAAAUCCUAUGAAUGCCCUCAGUGUGGGAAAGCCUUUAGCAGGAAGUCAUAUCUCAUUCAUCAUCAAAGAACUCAUACAGGAGAGAAACCAUACAAGUGUAAUGAAUGUGGGAAGUGCUUCCGCCAGAAGACAAAUCUCAUUGUACAUCAGAGAACUCAUACAGGGGAGAAGCCUUAUAUUUGUAAUGAGUGUGGUAAGUCCUUCAGUUAUAAGAGAAACCUUAUUGUCCAUCAAAGAACUCACAAGGGAGAAAACAUGGUAAUGCAGUAAUAAAUGAUGUGAUUUCUUUGUGAAGCCUUUCUAAGUUAUUGUAAAACUUUAGUUUUUUAAAAAAGCAUGCUUAACGUGUGAAUAAGGUAAUUUUAAUCACAAAUGUAAUAAUAAUUAACUUAAUGUACUAUACCACAUAACUAUUUAUCUACUGUUUACUAGCAUAUGAAAUGGAUAUGAUCGUUGAUAUGAACUCUUAUCAGCAAUGAAGCUAAUUUUUUACGUUUUCAAGUUCUCCUGCUGACUCAGUUUAUUUUUUUUAAUUCUUAUAUAAUACAUGCAGAAGCAAGAUACAAAGUGGUUUUAAGUAUCAGUCUCCAUAAGAGGAAGAAAUUAUGAAGUAUAUUUCUCAUUGCACUCUGUGGAAUAAAAGUUGUUACUUCCCCAAAGAUUACCACUUCCCUGGCUUUUAACAUGAAAUAGUUUUUGCAUGUCUUUAAACUUUAUAUUUUAUUAUACAUUACAAAUUUUUUGUCUUGUUUCACUCAACAUUUUAAAGAUUCAUACAUUAUUGCAUGUGGCAGUAGUGUAUUCAUUUUCAUUCUGUAUACUCUUCCAUUUUAAGAAUAUACUGCUAUUUAUCUAUCCUCUUGAUGGAUAUUUGUAUUUUUUAUAAUUUUGUGUUGUAAUAAAAAUACUACUAUAAAUAUUCUUGUAUAUGUGUGUGUGUGUAUUU